AUGCUUGACAAGCUCCCGCAAGACGUUCUCCACUACAUGGCCUUGACCCGGACAGAGCUCUCGACGGCUGACCUGGUUGCCGUGGCAACGGCGCGCAUUGUUUUUGCCCGUUCCUCACAUGCUCUCAUUGCAGAGAACAAGGCAGUGUGCCAAGAGCUGGAUCGUCCGCCCGGCGCCAGCGGUAGUGCGCUCGCUGUGCCGGUGGCAACGACAUUGUCAUCGUCAUCGAACCCGGUUUUUCGCCAGCUCUUCCUCGCGGCUGCUGACAACGUCCCCGAGGCCAAGGCGCUGGUGGAGGAACUUGUGAAGGCGAGUUGGAUCUUCGACGUGUACCAUGCGCCGCAGCAGCUCGCCAUGCCGUUCAAGGUCUUUGGCGGGGCGAUGGCGGUGCUGGUCGGUGCGCCUCAGCUGGCUGUGGAGCUGAUCGAGGCGUCGGACGAGGCCGGGCGUAGCUCUUGCCUCCUUGCAGGUUGUGAUAGCGGCACGACUGUGGUGGUCCGUGAGCUGCUGCAUCAUGUGCCGGCUUCGGGUGGGUACAAGACCGCGAUCUACGCCGAUGCCUUGGUGCUGGCGGCCGGCUGCGGUCAGGUCGAGCUUGUGCGCCUGCUGCUCGCAGACGCACACUGCGAGCCGACAGCGACCGGCAGCCGGGCGUUGUGCGCGGCAAUCAAGGGCGGACAUGCAAACGUCGUUCGGGCAUUUCUCCUUGACGGGCGGAUCGACCCGGGCGCCGACGACAACGCCGCCAUUGUGGAGGCAUCGCUGUCGGGCAUGCUAGAGAUUGUGACGGUACUCUUAGCCGACUCGCGGGUCGAUCCGGGAGCAAGCAACAACCGGUCGAUGUGCAAAGCCGCAGGUCUCGGCCACAGUCACAUUGUGGCUGUGUUUCUCGCUCAUGCCGCCGUUGAUCCAACCGCUGGCGGGCUCGAAGCGCUGCACGCCGCAGUGGCGGGCGGCCACGCCGCGGUCGUCUCGCUCUUUCUUGCCGACAACCGCAUCGACGCUGCAAACUGCAGCAGUCUUCUGACUUUGGCCGUGGCUCGCAACCACGAUGCCAUCAUCAAGCUGCUCCUCACUGCAGGCUGCCGUGUCCCCCGCAUGCCUACGCCAGGGCCGGUCUCGACGUCAACUUGACAGCACUUUGCCACCGUUCCUAGCAGGAACCAACGAAGGCGGUGUGUGUAUGGGG